AAAACCUCGGCAUGCUGAGCCACGGAUCAGUAUUAUCACCAUGAGUGAUUUCAAACGUGCUCUGGCAGAAAUCGGCGAGUUUGGAUUGUUUCAGAAAUGCCUCCUUUUUUCAUUAUGCAUCAGCACCAUGUUUACACCUUUUGAUAUUAUUGGCCAGGUGUUUACAGGCUUGAACUUUCCUCACCACUGCAACACGGACUGGAUCUUGGAGCGUGCACCCAACCUGACGGAUGAGAGACAAAGAAAUCUCACCAUUCCAGUGAACAAGGAUGGCGAAUUUGAGAACUGUAAAAUGUUCACGCCUGUGGACUGGGAUUUGGAAACCAUUGAAAAAUAUGGGAUUAACACCACAACAGGAUGUGUAGAUGGGUGGGAAUAUGAGGCUGCACCAGGUGUCUCCACCAUUGUAACAGAGUUUAAUGCAGUUUGUGAAAAGCAUGGUUUGAUAGAGGCAUCACAGUCUAUCUUCAUGGCAGGUGCUCUGGUUGGAGCACUGGUGUUUGGGGCCCUUUCUGACAGGUUUGGCCGCCGAUUUGCGAUCUUGCUUUCAGUUGUACUCAUGUUGCUGCUUGGUGUGAGCACUGCAUUCUCACCAGACAUCUAUGUUUAUAUGGUUCUCAAAUUUUUCUCUGGGGUUUCCAGUGUUGUUCUCACAAUGCUCGCAUCUGUGCUGGCCUUGGAAUGGACUGAUCCCUCAAAGUCUGCAUUUUGCACCAUGUCCAUCAUAGCUUUCUUCGCUGUUGGACAGAUUCUGUUGGCUGGUAUUGCCUAUUUGAUCCAAAACUGGAGAAUCCUGCAGCUAGUGCUUUUCUGCCCUCUGGUCAUUGUCCUGGUGGCCUUUUAUAGGUUGCUGCCAGAAUCAGCUCGAUGGCUGAUGACUCAGGGCAGGAAGGAGGAGGCACUAAAGGAGCUCCAGCGGGCAGCCAGAGUCAAUAAGAAAAAAGUACCAGAAGAUGUCCUAAACAAUAUAGAGAUGGAGACUACAUCUGAAAGAAGAAACGUACUGGACAUCUUCCGCAUCUCAUAUCUGAGAAAACGUUCUCUGAUAAUGGGUUUUGACUGGUUUGCAUCAAGUCUUCUGUUCUAUGGACUGAGUCUGAAUGUAGGAAACUUUGGCCUGAAUAUUUACCUCACACAGUUGAUCUUUGCUGUUGUUGAAAUUCCUGCAAACUUGUGCGGUUUGACUCUAAUUCAGCGCUUUGGAAGGAGGAUAUGUCAAGCGUGCUUCCUGCUCUUUGGAGGUGCCGCUUGCCUUGUGGUCCUUGCUGUGCCAAAAGAUCUUUCCAUGGUGGUAACAGUCUUAGCUGUGCUCGGGAAAUUUUCUGCCACUGCUUCUUUCAGCACAGCCUACGUUUAUACAGCAGAAUUAUACCCCACAGUUUUAAGGCAGAAUGGUGUAGGUCUGAACUCCAUGUGUGCUCGUGUGGCAGGUAUAGUCGCACCACUGAUCAGGCUCCUGGAAAGCUACCAUCACAUCAUCCCAAUGCUGGUAUACGGCAUCACCCCCUUUGCUGCUGGAUGUUUCUCUUUUCUACUGCCUGAAACCCUCAAUGUUGAACUACUAGAUCACACUGAAAUGAAAAAACCAGAGCAUGGACCAAGUGGAGAUGAUUACUAUGCUGAAGAAGUUGAAGAACACAAACUAUAAUUUUUACUGAAGCCAUAAUGACAUUUUUGUAAUUUCACUUUUUUAUUAUUUGAUAUGUAUAUGUUAAUAUACAUGUAUGCAUAUGUUGUACUGUACAGUAUAUAAUGUGGCUUAUUGUUUAUUUUUUGAAACACACGGUUAAAAGAUUUUUGAUAUUUUGUUUUUUCUGUUGAGUUUGUAAAUAUUCGUUUUUAGUACAUAUUAGUGUUAGUUUACUAGAUAUUGAUUUAUUUUAAUAGUUCAUUUUGCUUUGAAGUCAAAAACUUUCAAAUACUUACCAUAUUAAUUCACAAGAAAACAGUAAGGAUGUACUGUUUUUCACAGCUCUGCUUAGAUCUCAUUUAUUUAUUUAUUUUUUCACAAGACUUUAAAGAGUUUAUUAGUCACUGUCUGUUUAUUUGUUAUAAUCUGUUCUAAAACUGAUGGAGCUUAUAUAUGACUGCUGUUAUCUAUUAUUAAAAUAUAAA